UCUGUACAACAAGACUAUACUACAAAAUACCACCUGAAGUGAAGACCAUACACGAAGAAAGCAAAUUUUAAAAAGAACUAAAGACUCUCCUAUUCUGCAGAAGCUACGAUACUGACGAGAACACACUAAAAGGCAAUUAUGAAAUAUGCGAAGAGCCAUAUUUUGAAAACGCACAAGGGCCAGCCAGAGAGGGAAUCAUCCUUGUGGAGGUCUUUACAAGUGAAACGGUGGUUGUAACUUGUUAUUUCAGUGGAGAUAGAAGCAGAGAAAAUGUACUUUUGUGUUUCUUGAAGGCUCGAACCUCAUAGAUACUGUGGAUGAGAAAAUAUUGAUCCACAAAGAUGAUGCUGUAAAUAAGAAAACCGCAGCAUAGACAAUGAAAACAAGAGUUCAAGUAAAAUGAUUGGCCAAUGGUCACCCGGUUGUGGCGUAUACCGUCAAAGGCCCAAGAAGAAGAAGUAUUGUAAACAAAGAUGUCAGCGGACCUUGAUUACUGUUAACAUUAGAGAUGAACAAGAAGAAUGAUUCUGACUUUCAGCCACAUUCAAUGGAAUUAGAGUUGAAUGAUUUGAAGGGUUUGUCCUUUCAAGACUAUUUAAAGUCAGAACUAAGGAGAGGAUAUCUUCUUGAAAAUGAUGAAGAGAGGUAUACAGCACGACGAGAGAAAGUGUACACCUUUUUCAAAAUUCCUAGAGAAGUAAGACUUUAUUUAGAUUUGUCUUCACUCUUAAGGCCACCAACUGUGAGCAUCCGGGAUGGCAGCCACACUCAGGACCCAUGUUGUAGACACGAAGUUUGCCGGUCCAUGCUCCAUGCGCGACUCUGCACCGGGGACAUUCCAGGUCUUGGUACCAUUGUGGAGACGUGCUACCAUAUGUUACGACCUGGUGAGGCAAGCUUUGGACGGGUAGAAGUUGUAGCACCUUCCCCUCAGGUUUCUCCUGCUCCCGCUGCUGUUUCUGAGGAUGCGAAGGACUCACAUUAUGUUCAAGUGUUUGCUGCCCUAGCGUCUAUGGGUGAUCAAAUUCAGCGUCUUACUGAUAAAGUGGGUGAUUUUGAUGUGUGUGACAGUGUAGUGGAGGGGGCGGCUGAUCGUCUCUCUUGUGCUCGUAGCCCUAGACCUCUACCAAGCUCCCAGACCCAAGGGAGAAGAAUUUUUUUUAAUAAAAAUAGACGAAUUCUCAAACCAGCUGAAAUUGUUGACUUGCUGAAAGGGCUCAUGGUUUUGAUAUGUUGUUAUUUAAUUGGCUACAUCGAUACCUCUGUUUGCUACCAUAUAAUCAAGACUCAGUCUACAAUAAAGUUGUACUUAUUCUUCAACAUGCUUGAGAUUGCUGAUAGAUUGAUGUCUGCAUUUGGGCAAGACACAUUGGAUGCACUAUUCUGGACUGCUACUGAACCCAGGGGAAGAAAACGAGAACAUUUUGGAGUUCUUUUUCAUUUAAUAGUUGCAACUCUGUAUGUUGCUAUUCAUUCUACAAUUGUUCUACUUCAGGCAUUAACUCUUAAUGUGGCAAUCAAUUCAGAUAAUAAAGGCCUUCUCACUAUCGUUAUUUCCAACAAUUUUGUAGAAUUAAAAGGAGCUGUAUUCAAGAAGUUUGAUAGAAACAACCUGUUGCAAAUAUCGUGCAGUGAUGUUCGGGAAAGAUUCCACAACUGUGUUCUCCUUCUUGUAGUCGUCAUACAGACUAUGAAGGAAUAUGCAUGGAAAGAAGAACGUCUCUGGAUACUUCUUCCAGAUUGCUUGUUGGUAUGUGGUACUGAAGUUUUGGUGGAUUGGCUUAAACAUGCUUUCAUCACUAGGUUCAAUGACAUUCCAGCAGAUGCUUACAAAGACUACACUGUCCUCCUAGCUUCAGAUCUGAUUAUGUGCAAGCAGAAAUAUGCAUAUUCUGAUCAUAGUGACUUGGUGGCCAGACGCAUGGGCUUUAUCCCUCUGCCUCUUGGAGUUGUCAUGUAUCGUGUGUUAAGCCAGUCUAUUCCUCUGCAUAAUCCAGCUUCCUACCUUGUUCUCCUUUUUGGAUUCCUGUGUCUGCUAUCUUUCAGGAUACUGAAUGGAAUCAUUAUUUUGGGCAAGGCUUGCGUCCUUAUUGAGAGUGCAGAAAAACGACAUGAUCGUAAUGAAUCUCUUUUGGAAGCAGAGAAGAAGAGUUCUACUGGGAAUAACACAACAACAGUAUCAAGUAAAAGUCAUAAGACAGAUCCUGUGAAAGUGGAAGCUGCCACAAGCCCUGUGCGGGGCUGGAGUCUUCCUCCUCAAAGUUUAUCUGUUUCUGAUAACAGUACUUCAAAAGCAUUCAGUGUAUCACCAACAAUGUGUACCCCUGCAUCAAUAUCAAAUGCCUCAACACCUGUAUCAAUGGGACCACCUCGAAGUGAUUCAUUAGACUUUUUGGGUGAGAGUAAAAAAGGGUUAAUGGCAAAUAGUAUGGUGAACUUAUCAAGUGUUGGAAUUAACGAGGGUCCUUUCACAAGUGAUGCCUCUAGACAGUACAAGUUGCAGCAUUCCUUAGAAAGUAUUCCUUCGGAAGAUAAUCCAGAUACUCUUAAUAAUUCCCUGGAUCAGUCACAGUCUAUGGAUGCUAACAGUUUGGAUGCGCAACCAGUGGGUGGUUUUAAUACGGUUUCAGAUGAUCAGACUGAGAGGAUACAGUCUGUUACUCCUAGCAGAACUCCAACUCCGACUCCAGCCACAGCUCAAGAGAAAAAUUUGGCACAGCCAGAUAAUCCUUCUGAAUUAAGAAAAUUUAAAAGACCACCUUUUUUAUCUUGCGAUUCAUUGCGUUAUAGAGGAUCAACAGACACUGGGGACUUUUUGUAGUUGUGUAAUAUUUUGUAAUUUUUAACACAUGAAUUCUUUAGUGUGUACAGUAUAUGCAGAUGUAAAUGUGUAUUGGAAACUGACCCAAAAUCCAAGUGCAGUAAUUCCCGUUUUGAAUUCAAGGCUGGUUGCUAAUAAAAAUUCACUGUAAAUGUAAUGUAACUGUGUACUGCAUACAUAAUACUUUACAUCUAUGUAUAUUUGUGUAUGUGUAUACUAUGUGAUGUACAGAAGCUUCCCCAUGUUUAUUAAAAAUGUUAAAUCUAUUUUACACUUGUGAAAAAAGAAGUGAAGUAGUCUGUAGAUGAGUGGAACAUCCCUUGCUAUGGGAAGCCACUUCUCAACUGCAAAAUGCUCUCUGUUUCACCCUUUCAUCCAUAGCAGUUGUGAAUAUCUAAUGCUCUUCAUUUCCCUCCAUUGUCUUAUAUACUUUGUUCUCAUCAUUAUUGUAGUCGUUAUAUGAUUACAAUUAUUCUUUUAUUAUUUCACAUAUGUCAUCCAAAUACUUUGCUCAUGAAAGGGAUUUUGACGUAAGAAAAAUCUAUUUCUGGCCGAUGGGUUCGUGUCGCCCUGUGAAAUAAUCCUUAAGUUCAUUAUUUCUAAGGUAAAUAACCUAAUAAAUACCAGAGAAAAAAUAAAUUCAA